AUGGCAGAAGAGAUGACUUCGUUUACCGAUUUGCCUGAUUUAUGUUUAAUUGAGGUGUGUCACUAUUUAAAAUCAGAUGUUGAACAGAAUUAUAAGAAUGAACUAGAGCAAUUUUCAUCGCUUAUUCGGGAGCAUAUAUUAUUUAAGAGAAAGAAGACGUCAUUAAAAAAAUGCCUAUUCACAUUCAAUUUAAAGGUUGGUUUGCUACUAAAAUCGGCUGAAGUAUUGGCGAAAAACGAUCAUAUUCAGCAUUUAACAAUUCAUCUUGAUCGCGCUAGUGAUAUUCUAAUUAUAUUUGAUCAUUUUCCAUUGUUACAGUAUUUGAAUAUUCGCACGGUCAAAGCAUAUAUAAAUAGUGAUGAUGGUGAAGAUAUAAUUAAUGAGACAUAUGAUUUUGACAAUCUACCAUUGAAAUUACCACAAUUAAGAGACUUUACUUUAAAGGUUUGCUGUGGUUCAAUUGGUUAUUAA